AUGGAAGCAUACAUCUUCUCCUCCGUUUCCGUCAAGCCAUUGCUCCUUUCAGCCUUACCGGCGGUGACCGGAGAUGGCGCUCGGAGAGAUCGCCACCGUGGACUCUUCCGCCCUUGCCCGGCUACACGGGACUUCCAUGCGCUGUCUGACGGCUUCAACUUCCAGGAGGGCCUGGAGAGUGUUAAGGCAAGGCUGCAUCAAAACCAUAAGAACAAGCGGGAGGUGUUGACCACCAUUGAUCACCUCAAGCGCCUCUGCAUGGACCACUAUUUCCAAGACGAGAUCGACAAUGCCGUGGAUUCAUGCUUGGAUCUACUCCAUAGUGAUGAUCUACUAGAAGCAACGCUUUCACUCAGGCUGGCGAGAGAAGCUAAAUAUGAUAUUUCAGCAGAUGAGGUUCUUAGAAAGUUCACUGAUGACAACGGUGACUUCAAGAUUGACCAUUGCAAAGAUAUCAGAGGGUUGGUCAGCGUGCAUGACAUAUCACACUUGAACAUGGGAGAAUCAUCACUCUACAAGGCAAAGGAGUUCUCACGAAGACACCUCACAUCUGCAAUUAGACACUUGAACCCAAACCUUGCAAGAUAUGUGAGGCAUUCACUGGACCAUCCCUACCAUGUGAGCCUAAUGCAGUACAAGGCCAGGUACCACUUGAGUUACCUCCAGAGCUUGCCCACUAGGAACACUGCAAUGGAGGAGCUGGCUGUUGCAGAGUUAUAUCUUAACAAGUUGCAGCAUCAGAAGGAAAUGCAAGAGGUUAAGAGGUGGUGGAUGGAUUUGGGAUUGACUCGAGAAAUACGAACUGCAAGGGACCAGGUUCUAAAAUGGUACAUGUGGGCAAUGACUGUUGUCCAGGGUUUCUCCUUAUCUAGGUACCGGAUUGAGAUCACAAAGAUCAUCUCGUUUGUCUAUAUUGUGGAUGACAUCUUUGAUCUUGUUGGCACCCAAGAGGAGCUUUCCCUCUUCAGCGAGGCGAUCAAAAAGUGGGAUCUUGCAGCUGCUGGUUCACUCCCGGGCUAUAUGCUAUCAUGA